UAAAUGACGAGCUUACAAUUUAGCUUCUCUUUUGAGGCAGUAAUCACACUUCACCAUUUUCAGUUUCACAAGACAACCUUUUGUGGUGUUAAAUCCCUCACCUAUUCAAACAUAAUAUUUCAGAACCAAGCAAAGACUUGAUUAAAAACCCCUGCUGUACUCUCAUCCUGAUGGCUGUUAUCCCUUGGGUUAUGUCUAAAGUUGAGAUGCAGAGUGGUGAGAACGUUUUCAAAAACAGUCAGUCAGUCAGUCAUCCUCUAUACCCCUUCUUCCAUAGUGGGUCAAACACAAACUUGGUGAAAUUUGUCCAUUUAAAAGCUAAAUGUUUCUCUUUUGUGUUAAAGUUAAAUUAUUAUCUUCGCAAUAACAGGUUUGGGGUGUUUUUCUCUGCAGGGUGAGGCAGAGUGAGGUAGGAUGAAAAUUAACACGUGAUUUUGUGGUUAAAGGGAAACCAUAUAAGCAAGUGAAGAUGAAUAAGUUGACAGCUGUUCUACAUUGACAAGAACGUACUUCUGUCUACUGGUUCCUCUUUCCUACAUUUUUACAGAUUAGUUAAAAUGGAGGAAGAAACAACUACUUUUUUACCUCUAGACUUAUCUGUUGUGUCAACCUCUGCAGAAGAUGAUUAUGACCUUGGGACGACUGACGACACAGGCAUGUGUGAAAAAGACUGGGUCAGGGACUUUCGCGGUCAGUACGAGCCACCUCUCUUCUGGAUCAUCUUCAUCCUCGGGUCUGUGGGUAACCUACUGGUGGUUUGGAUUUACCUCAAGGUUCGCAACCGCCUCAAAACAAUGACCGACGUAUACCUGCUGAACCUCGCUGUGGCAGACCUCCUCUUUCUGUGCACACUGCCCUUCUGGGCGGUCGAUGCCAUCAAGGGCUGGGACUUCGGGAACAGUUUUUGCAAAAUAGUGUCUGCUCUCUACAAGAUCAACUUCUUCAGCAGCAUGCUCCUCCUCACCUGCAUUAGUGUGGACCGCUACAUCGCCAUUGUACAAGUAACCAAAGCUCAGAACUUUAAGAAGAAGAGACUGUUUUACAGCAAACUUGUUUGCCUCUGUGUCUGGUUUGUCUCCACUCUCCUGGCCCUGCCUGAGUUUAUUUUUUCUGAGGUGAAGAAGGACCCAGAGGAACAAUCCUUUUGCACAAUGGUCUACUGGAACAAUGCAUUCAACCGGACGAAGAUCCUGGUGCUGUCCCUGCAGAUUUGCAUGGGCUUCUGCCUUCCGCUGCUUGUCAUGUUCCUCUGCUAUUCAGUCAUAAUCCGUACACUCCUGCAGGCAAAAAGCUUCGAAAAGCACAAGGCCCUACGUGUCAUCUUCGCUGUUGUGUUCGUGUUUGUACUUUCCCAGCUUCCUCACAACACUCUGCUGAUUGUGGAAGCCACGCAGGCAGCCAAUACCACGAUUACAAAGUGCACCACUGUGAUUAAUUUCGAUGUAGCCGGACAAGUUGCCAAGAGUCUCGCCUUUACUCACGCCUGCCUCAACCCCUUCCUGUACGUCUUCAUUGGAGUUCGGUUCAGGGAAGACCUCGCAAGGAUAGUUAAGACUUGCUUUGGGGGUAUGGGCAAUGGAGGCCUCAUUAAAGUCCAGGCAGUUUCCAAACGCCCCUCCGUCAUGUCCGAUACUGAAACUACCCCUGCCCUUUCAAUAUAGAUGCCCAUCUUCCAAAAUACUACACCUGAGACCUGAGCCUAGUAACCAUAUUCUAAACUGUAUUCCUGAUGCAUUAAUUACCACAAGCAGAUGUACAAUAACAUUUACAACUCUGGAAAACCACCAGUCUUUAUUCAUAUUCUGACAGUUACAGACAUAUUUGUUCCCUGGAAUACCUGUAUAAACUGUAUUGAAAUGUAAAUAUUGUGUUUUUUUAUUUUUCCACCAUGUAUUUGUGUGCAUCUAUGUUGUGAUUGAUACUGUAUUUUUUACCCAUAGAUGUCAAAACAACCAUUAAAGAUUCAAAGAAAUCCAAAAA